AUGAGUCUCUUCCCAUUCACCGCCAGAAGGCUGGUUUCACAAGCAUCCUGCGGGCUUAAGGCUGCUGCUGCUGCUUCAAAGAAACAGAAGGUUUGCUUAGAAAUGGCUCGUCCUAGUUCAAAUAUGGCUGAGUUUCGAGAAGUGUUUGCCAAAGCGAAGCAUAUAGCCAUUAUCACAGGAGCUGGCGUUAGUGCGGAGAGCGGCGUUCCUACCUUCAGAGGGGCUGGAGGUUUAUGGAGAAAGUGGCAAGCCCAGGACUUGGCUACUCCAGAGGCUUUUGCGCAAAACCCUUCUCGUGUAUGGGAAUUUUACCAUUACCGCCGGGAAGUGAUGUUGAGUAAACAUCCAAAUCCUGCACAUAUUGCCAUCGCGGAGUGCGAAAGGCGGCUGAGCAAGCAAGGAAGGGGUGUCGUGGUCAUUACUCAGAAUAUUGAUGAACUACACAGAAAGGCAGGCACGAAGCACCUCUUAGAAAUUCACGGUAGUUUAUUUAAAACUCGAUGCACCAACUGUGGAAAUGUGGCUGCGAAUUACAAGAGUCCAAUAUGCCCCACGUUGGCUGGGAAAGGGGCUCCAGAUCCUGAAACAGAGGACGCCAUGAUUCCAGUUGAAGACCUUCCUCAGUGUGAGGAGGACGGCUGCAAUGGGCUCCUCCGUCCCCAUGUUGUGUGGUUUGGUGAAACCCUGGAUCCCAACAUUCUCACAGAGGUCGAGAAGGAACUUGAGAUCUGUGACCUCUGCUUGGUAGUGAGUGAUGCUUUUGUUACCUACCCUCCUGCCAUGUUCGCCCCUCGCGUGUCCGCCAGAGGCGUGCCCGUGGCCGAGUUCAACACCGAGGCCACUCCCGCUACCAACCGCUUCAGGUGA